CUCAAGCCAAGCCAAGCUCCCCCAAAAAACAACCCAACACAACCACACAUCCCCCAAACCCAAAAAUGCCCUCCUCCCUCGCCGACUACCUCGCCAAAAACUACCUCACAGCCGACCCCGUCCCCGAACGCCCCAAGAAAAAGCGAAAGAAGACUAAACAAACCGAAGAAAACACUGGCCUCAUAAUCGCCGACGACGACCCCCCGGAUCUACGCAAUACUAUUACCGGAAUCGAUGAUGAUGAGGACGGGCCUGCGAUGGUGACGGGGACGCGGAGCGCGGAGUUUCGACGCGCGAAGAACUCUGGUUGGAAGACUAUUGGCGGACCGACAGCGGGUAAAGAUGAAGCAGAUGCGAUUCUGGCGUCUGCGGCGGCGGAACGAGAUGCGGCGCGGAAGGAGGCUGGGGAUGAUGAGGAUGAACCUAUGAUAGAGGAGGAUGGGGGGGUGAAAAUGGAGUCUGGGGCAAGGGCGGGAUUACAGACUGCCGAGCAGACGGCUGCGAUGGUCGCGGAGCAAGAACGACGAAAGAAACUCGAGGCCGCGAAAUACAAGGAUAGGCCACAGGAAGCGCAGGAGACUAUCUACCGUGAUGCGUCGGGACGGAUCAUCAACGUUGCCAUGAAGCGUGCUGAAGCGCGACGCGCGGAACAAGAGAAACGCGAGAAGGAGGAGCAAGCUAAGGAGGAUCUUAUGGGUGAUGUACAGCGCCAGGAGCGCGAAGAGCGCAAACAACAACUACAAGAAGUGCGCGCGAUGCCGGUGGCGCGGACAGUGGAGGAUGAGUCGCUGAAUGAGGAACUCAAGGGAAGACAGCGAUGGGAUGAUCCGGCGGCGGCGUUCUUGACGAAUACUGGAGGGGGUGGGGAGAGUACUACGGGGAAGCCUUUGUAUAAGGGGAGUUUCCAGCCGAAUCGGUAUGGGAUUCGGCCGGGGCAUCGGUGGGAUGGGGUUGAUCGGGGGAAUGGGUUUGAGAAGGAAUGGUUUGCGUCGAGGAAUAAGAAGGGUAGGAUUGAGUCGUUGGAGUACCAGUGGCAGAUGGAUGAAUAGUUACGGUGUGCUGGGUACUCCGCACUCCGGGGUGAUCUACUUGUACAGGUGCUGGCACCUAAUAAUUGCAUAGAUAAUGUACUACUACCCUGGUAGAUACCGGUAUGUCAUGAUGAAAGGCAGAUUAUAGCCUUGCUUGAUGUCAACAUAGCCCACCUUGCAACCCUUGGACAUGACAUCAGAAAGUAUUCGUAUAUUCGUAUACUCUGCACUCCAGA